AGACGAUACAAUGCAGAGAUCUCCUCUUCCUAGGUCCCGAGAUAUAUCUGAAUUCCGUGCCUCAGAAAUGGAUGCAGUUGGGCUUGUCUUUCUCAGCUCCGCUGAUGUUCAAAUACGGCUUACAGCUCUGGAGUUAUUGCGAUGUGUUAGAGCUCUAAAAAACGAUCUAAGAGAUUGCUCGACAAAUGAAUGGGGUGACAGUAAAUUAAAACUUGAACCAGAACCCAUAUUUAUCAUUGACAUCAUAGAAGAAAAUGGGGAAGACAUUGUUCAGAGUUGUUAUUGGGAUCCAGGGCGACCUUAUGAUCUGAGACGUGAGAUGGAUCCCAUCCCUUUGGAUGUGACAUUUCAAUCCAUCGUGGAGAGUGCUGAUAAAAGCAGAUGGGCCCGCUACCUUAGCGAAAUUGUGAAAUACGCAGCUGAACUUUGCCCGACCUCUGUGCAUGAUGCAAGAAGAGAAGUUGUUAAGAGUCUUGAGCACAUCACUCCUUCAGAACUAGGUGGAAAGUCUCAACAAUCACAAGAUUCUGACGCUAAGCUUGAUCAGUGGUUUAUUUAUGCAAUAUUUGCAUGCUCUUGCCCACCCAACAAAGAAUCCGGCAGCAAAGCAGCGAAAGACAUAUUCCAUGCAUUUUUUCCAUCACAGAAGGAUAUGCAGUAA